CAGCAUGAUGGUCAGGCUUAGCGCUGCCUUCCUCCUGCAGUACCUGGUCCUGCAGCUGAGGCUGGGGGCCCAUGCCCAAGUCACCCCCCAGGUCUUUGACCUUCUACCCACCUCCAGUCAAAGACUGAAUCCACACGUUCUGCAGCCAAUCCUGACAGACCCCACCCUGAACGAGCUCUAUGUAAUCUCCACCUUCAAACUGCAGUCUAAAAGCACAGCCACCAUCUUUGGCCUUUACUCUUCACCUGACAACAGCAAGUAUUUUGAGUUCACUGUGAUGGGACGCUUAAACAAAGCCAUCCUCCGUUACCUGAAGAUGGACGGGAAGAUUCAUUUGGUGGUUUUCAACAACCUGCAGCUGGCUGAUGGGAAGCGGCACAGGGUCCUGCUGAGACUGACCAAUCUGCAGCGAGGAGCUGGCUCCGUCGAGCUCUACCUCGACUGCACCCAAGUGGAUUCCAUUCAUAAUCUCCCCAGAGCCUUCUCCAGCUUCUCCCAGAGCCCCGAGUCCAUGGAAUUGAGGACUUUCCAGAGGAGGGCACAGGAUUCUUUGGAGGAGCUGAAGCUGGUGGUGAGAGGCUCACUGAUCCAGGUGGCCAGCCUGCAGGACUGCUUCCUACAGCAGAGUGAGCCGCUGCCCACCACAAGCACAGGAGACUUUAAUCGGCAGUUCUUGGGGCAAAUGACACAACUGAAUCACCUGCUGUCUGAGGUGAAGGAUCUUCUAAGACAACAGGUCAAGGAAACAUCAUUUUUGCGCAACACCAUAGCUGAAUGCCAAGCUUGCGGUCCUCUCAGUACACAGUCUCCAACCGUAAACACGUUUGUGCCCCCUGCGCCCCCAGCACCCCCUACAUUCCAAACGACCCCAGUGCGCCGGUGUGACUCAAACUCAUGUUUCCGAGGCGUCCGAUGUACCGACACGAGGGACGGCUUUCAGUGUGGACCGUGUCCCCUGGGCUACACCGGAAACGGAAUCACCUGUUCUGAUAUUGAUGAGUGCAAAUACAAUCCCUGCUACCCAGGUGUGCGCUGUGUGAACUUGACUCCUGGCUUCAGAUGUGAUGCUUGCCCAGUGGGAUUCACAGGUUCCAUGGUGCAGGGUGUUGGCAUCAGUUUUGCCAAGUCAAACAAGCAGGUCUGCACUGACAUUGACGAGUGUCGAAAUGGAGCGUGUGUUCUCAACUCUAUCUGUAUUAACACUUUGGGAUCUUAUCGCUGUGGACCUUGUAAGCCAGGGUACAUUGGUGAUCAUACAAGAGGAUGCAAAAUGGAGAGAAACUGCCGAAAUCCAGAAAUGAACCCUUGCAGUGUGAACGCAGUGUGCAUUGAAGAAAGGCGUCAAGGCGAGGUGUCAUGCGUGUGUGGAGUCGGAUGGGCUGGUGAUGGUUAUGUCUGUGGAAAAGACGUGGACAUUGACAGUUACCCUGAUGAAGAACUGCCGUGUUCUGCUAUGAAUUGCAAGAAGGACAACUGCAAAUAUGUGCCAAAUUCUGGUCAAGAAGAUGCAGACAGAGAUGGCAUUGGAGAUGCCUGUGAUGAAGACGCUGACGGAGAUGGGAUCCUGAACGAGCAGGAUAACUGUGUCCUGACUCACAAUGUGGACCAGAGGAACAGUGAUAAGGAUAUCUUUGGAGAUGCUUGUGACAACUGCCAGACUGUCUUGAACAAUGACCAGAAAGAUACCGAUGGGGACGGCAAAGGGGAUGCCUGUGACGACGACAUGGACGGAGAUGGAAUCAAAAAUAUCCUGGACAAUUGCCAAAGGGUUCCCAACCGUGACCAACAGGACAGGGAUGGAGAUGGAGUGGGGGAUGCCUGUGACAGUUGUCCUGACAUCAGCAACCCUAACCAGUCUGAUGUGGAUAAUGAUCUGAUUGGGGACUCCUGUGACACCAAUCAGGACAGUGAUGGAGAUGGGCACCAGGACAGCACAGACAACUGCCCCACCGUCAUCAACAGCUCCCAGCUGGACACUGAUAAGGACGGCAUUGGUGAUGAGUGUGAUGAUGAUGACGAUAAUGAUGGCAUCCCGGACGUGGUGCCUCCUGGACCAGACAACUGCCGGCUGGUCCCUAACCCAGCCCAGGAGGACAGCAAUAGUGAUGGAGUGGGAGAUAUCUGUGAGACAGACUUUGACCAAGACCAGGUCAUUGACCGGAUUGAUGUCUGCCCCGAUAAUGCAGAGGUCACCUUGACUGACUUCCGGGCCUACCAGACUGUGGUCCUAGAUCCUGAAGGAGAUGCCCAGAUCGAUCCUAACUGGGUGGUUCUCAACCAGGGCAUGGAGAUUGUGCAGACCAUGAACAGUGAUCCUGGCCUGGCAGUGGGGUACACGGCUUUUAAUGGAGUUGACUUUGAAGGGACCUUCCAUGUAAACACCCAGACGGAUGAUGACUACGCUGGCUUCAUUUUUGGCUACCAGGAUAGCUCCAGCUUCUACGUGGUCAUGUGGAAGCAGACGGAGCAGACUUAUUGGCAAGCGACUCCAUUCCGCGCAGUCGCAGAACCUGGCAUUCAACUCAAGGCUGUUAAGUCCAAGACAGGCCCAGGCGAGCAUCUCCGGAACUCCCUCUGGCACACUGGGGACACCAGCGACCAGGUCAGGCUGCUCUGGAAGGACUUCAGGAACGUAGGCUGGAAGGACAAAGUGUCGUACCGCUGGUUUCUGCAGCACAGGCCCCAGGUGGGCUACAUCAGGGUGCGAUUCUAUGAAGGCUCAGAGCUGGUGGCUGACUCCGGAGUCACCAUAGACACAACCAUGCGUGGCGGCCGACUGGGUGUUUUCUGUUUCUCUCAAGAAAACAUCAUUUGGUCCAACCUCAAGUAUCGCUGCAAUGACACUAUUCCGGAAGACUUCCAAGAAUUUCAAACUCAGAAUUUCGAUCGCCUGGAUAGUUAA